AGCGUACCUACGCAGACGAACUGCCCGCCAGGUUGCCAGCAGCUUGAGAGAGAGAUACAGGCGGCGUUGCUACUCUGCAGUCUUAGCUAGUCAUUGAGGCGCGCCGGGUGCCCGGGGUGGAGAGAGAGAGACACGUUCGAGCGGACAAGCCUCGCUAAGAAGAGAGUGGCGAGAAAGUCGCCAUCCGGAAGGGGAUCCCAGGAUUCGGUGUCCUGCCGAAUGAGAUCGUCCCAGUCACGACAGGGCCGUCACUACAGAUCCGUCCGCAGGACCGCGCAAUUAAUAAGUGUUGACUGAAGAAGAGGUAAGCAUAUACGCAGAGCACACCACCGCGAUCCCCACCCCCUUUGGCCCAGCAGGGCGCCCCAUUCGCCCCUACUGUCUUCGACGCCUACGUCUGUAAUAUGUGAUGGUGGCUGUCUGCGUGCCAGCACAUAUAAAGUCGGCCGGAGUCCCUCUCUCGUAGCGUUCAUCCUCUUGCUCUCCCCUACCUCCCUCAGCAUAAGCAAUACUGUCAGGACCCGAUAGUAGCUACAGCCCUUCUCACGAGACGAAACGAGACGAGACUCUCUCCUCCCUUGAGCAGCAGCAACUAGACGCCCAUUCUAUUCCUCCAUACCUAUCCACUCGUCAGCUACCUAUCUACAAUGGCUCCUAAGAUUGCCAUCGUCUAUUACUCGACGUGGGGCCACGUCCGCAAGCUGGCUGAGGCUGAGAAGGCCGGUAUCGAGCGAGCUGGCGGCACUGCCGACCUGUACCAAAUCCCCGAGACGCUUUCGAGCGAGGUGCUCGCCAAGCUGCACGCGCCGCCGCAGUCGACCGACCACCCUCUGCUGACGGACCCGGCGACGCUCGAGGCCUACGACGGCUUCCUGCUGGGGAUCCCGACGCGGUACGGCAACUUCCCGGCGCAGUGGCGCGUGUUCUGGGACCGGACGGGCGGGCAGUGGAGCCGCGGCGGCUUCUACGGCAAGCUGGCGGGGCUGUUCCUCUCGACGGCGUCGCUCGGCGGGGGCCAGGAGUCGACGGCGCUCGCCAGCAUCAGCACGCUGGCCCACCACGGCAUCAUCUACGUGCCCUUCGGCUACGCCAAGGCCUUCGCCGCGCUCACCGACCUCAGCGAGGUCCACGGCGGCGGCCCCUGGGGCGCCGGCACCUUCGCCGCCGGCGACGGCUCCCGCCAGCCCACCGAGAAAGAACUCGAGAUCGCUAGGAUCCAGGGCGAGGAGUUCUACAAGACCGCGGCCAAGUUCACCGCCGGCUCCGCGUGACUGCAUGGUAGCCACGCCGAGCAGCCCGAGGGAGCCAAGACUACUACUCAGCAGCCGGGUGCCGCCGCGUCCGAGUCCGGCGCUGCACCGCAGGGCGAGAAGAGCGAGAAGAGCGAGGGUCCCUGCGGCUUGCCGACGAAGUGCAUAAUACUGUAGAGAAGACAUACCUACCACGAAAGCCACGAAAUAGCAUCAAGAUAAAUUUAAUGAAAACAAACAUCUGCACUCGAUCAACCGCUUCUUGUGUAUAAACUAAGAAGUAGGUAGGCAAAAUAACUAGGUGAUGGCAUCCCGCUGCUAGGAGCAGCACACAGGCGGAAGCGAACUCCUCUCCAAGUAGCGGCUGUCUGUCCUUCAACCCCAUAACUCUGGUGUAAAUAACAGGUCCAAGUCUACGCGGCCAUCGGUCACUUACAUACCUGCCUAUCUACGCACUUACAC